ACAUUGUACUGUUUAUUAAAUUUCAAAUUCUGAAAUAAAAAAAAAAAAAGAAAAUCGAAAUUUGUUUCAUUAUUAUUUGUACAUCUCCGGUAAAAACCUAACCUCAAAACAAACUCUGCGGCAAGUGUUGAUAAAAUUUAAUCUUAUCGCUCUUAUCAUUGAGAUCAAAUUGAUCCUCUUCUAUAUCAGAGGAGGUGGAUUUAAGAGUUUAUUAUAUAUUGACCACGUGUUUAUAUUCUGACACAACGAUCGUGUGCUGGACGUAACCUUGAAAAGGCCACCCCAAAGCCCUCCUCCCAAGUUCCCCCAGCUGCUUCUGCUGCUGAAUUCGAUGAAGCGCCCCCCGACAGCGUUCGUCGUGGGUGUAAAAAGGUUGUUUUUUCUCGUUUUGCUUUUUUGCACAACUGGUGCGCGCUAAAAGGAUAUAUUUAUGAAACGUUCUGACAAUUCACUGACAUUAUAAUGUGUGUGCUGACAAAAACAUAGAGAAUAAACAUUAAUAAUUUCUCCGAUAAAAAAAAAAAAAAAAACUUCCUCCAGGAAGAAAGUUCAAGUGAAAACAUACAAUUAUAGGUUAGGUGUGUGUGUGUGUGUUUUGGCUUUUGUGAAACACUUUUUAAAAGUGCAUGAAAAAUGUUAUCAUUUUUAAAUUGAGAUCCUACGGGAUCAAAAACACUGUUUGCACUUAAGUCCUAGUGACUAAAAAGUAUGGUGCAACAUCGUCAAGUACUUCCUCGUCGUAACGUUAGAAUUCUCCUCGUCGGCGAUCGUGGAGUAGGUAAAACUUCCUUAAUAUUAUCUCUUGUAAGUGAUGAGUACGCUGAAGAUGUUCCUGGAAAAGCAGAAGAAAUCACAAUACCUGCUGAUGUCACACCAGAGCAAGUGCCGACCCGUAUCGUCGACUACUCUGCCGUGGAGCAAACGGAGGACCAAUUAUGUGAAGAAAUUCAAAAAGCGCACGUGAUAUGCGUUGUUUACUCUGUCGAAGAUGAAGAUACUUUAGACAGAGCAUCCUCUUAUUGGCUGCCACUUAUCAGAAAAUGCUCUACUACAAGUCGUUGUCCGGUAGUGCUUGUAGGAAAUAAAAUUGAUCUCGUUGAUUAUUCAACAAUCGAGGCUGUUUAUCCGAUUAUGAAAGAGUUUUCGGAAAUCGAAAGUUGUAUAGAGUGUUCGGCAAAGACGUUACAAAAUAUAUCAGAAAUGUUCUAUUAUGCACAAAAAGCGGUAUUGCACCCUACAACUCCUUUGUAUAAUUAUGAUGCGCAAGAGCUCACAGAAGAAUGCCAGACUGCAUUAAAGAGAAUAUUUAAAAUUUGCGAUUUGGACAACGAUGGUCUAUUAUGUGAUAUGGAGCUGAAUGCAUUUCAACAAUGGUGCUUUAAUACACCUCUACAACCACAAGUGCUUGAAGAUGUGAAAGCUGUCUUAUCAAAAAAUAUAAACGAUGGCAUUUACAAUGGAUGCGUUACUUUAAAAGGAUUUAUGUAUUUACAAUGUUUAUUUAUUCAACGUGGACGAAACGAAACAACAUGGGCGGUUCUUAGGAAAUUUGGUUACGACAAUGAUCUACAAAUGUCGAAAGAUUAUGUUCAUCCACCGCUAAAAGUUCCCUUAGGAUGUACAACAGAGCUAUCGCACAAGGGUCAAGAAUUUCUGACUUUACUGUUCACAAUGCAUGAUCGUGAUCAUGACGGAGCUCUGUCUCCCGAGGAAAUGGAAUCAUUAUUUUCAAAAUGUAUUGCUCCACCUUGGGAAGACGAGUAUAAACAUACAGUAUGCACAAAUGAGCAGGGAUGGAUUACUUUUCAAGGUUAUAUGUGUCAAUGGGCUUUAUUAACUUAUACUAAUGUUAAGAAAACUUUAGAAUAUAUGGCUUAUCUCGGUUACAAUUUGUAUAAUAAUGAAUCUCCAAUAAGCGCUGUUACCGUUACAAGAGAGAAAAAAUUGGAUCUCGCUAAAAAACAAUCCAGUCGUAAUGUGUACAGUUGUCAUGUGAUCGGUCCAAAAAGCAGUGGAAAAACAACACUUUGCAGGACAUUUGUCGAUCCUAAAAUGGAGAAAUUGACAGAUGAUAAAGUACCUCAGAAUUCUCAUGUUACCGUAAACACGGUGCAUGUUUACGGUCAAGAAAAGACAAUAAUCCUGAGGGAUAUUAACAUUCUGAACGUUCAAGAUGCCUUAUCCCCUUCACAAAUUCAAUGCGAUGUAGCAGCUUUGGUUUACGAUACCAGUAAUCCAAAAUCCUUUGAAUACAUCGCCAGAAUAUAUAUUAAAUAUUUUGCAGAAAGUAAAAUUCCUGUUCUCAUAAUAGCCAACAAAAGUGAUCUUGCUGAAGUAAAACAAGAAUAUCUACUUCAACCAUCGAGUUUUUGCAACAAAUAUAAAUUAAUGCCUCCACAGCCCUACAGUAUAUCUCGAACAGUGCGUCGAGAAAUAUUCGUCAAACUUGCUACAAUGGCGGCAUUUCCCCGCUUUCAAGCAGCGUGGGUAUUAUUUUACAAACACAGUCCUUUGCGACGUAUGGUCCACAUGUUACUUCUGAAACCCUCACCAAGUCAAUGGUGGAAUUCGCUCACAAGACACAUGAAACAUUUCGGAUUGAUUCAGGGUGAAUCUGUCGUCUGGUGGAAAGCAGGAAUUGGAAUUGCUAUGGCUACUGUCGCUGGCUUUAUGGUGAUGCGUGUUCUUAAUACAGAUAAAAGAUAGUCUACCAUUCUCGAUUUAAGAAACACUCGUUCAUUUUAUUCAAAUCCCAUCUCCUAUAAAACCUUGUUAAGUUAAUAAAUAUGUUCAUAAAUCA